UAACUCCACAAGAUGGCAGUAACGCACCACGAAGUACGCUGCCUUCAAACCUUCAAAGAAGAGGAAGAAGAAGAAUUAACUGUCGUCACACACCCGGAAGUUAUGGCCAAUCAUUCUACCGGUUUCUUUUAAGUUGUAACGCAUCUGAUGGUAGCAUUCUCUUCUGGACGCAUGAGAGAUGUUGCUGCUGGUGCUGGGUGCCCUCCUCUUGCUCUUCUGCAGUCUGGAUGUAUGGUACUUCCUACGUGGGGCCAAGGUGUUCCUCCAGGCGUGGUUCCAACCCAGAGUAUGGGACAUGCUGGCUGAGCAAACCAUUGACGGCACGGUCCUUCCCCAUGAUUUGGACUACAUGGGCCACAUGAACAACUCCCGAUAUCUGAGGGAGUGUGACUUUGCCCGCUUCCACCAUUACAUGCGAAACGGGCUGUUCAUGGCCUCGUGGAAACUGGGGGCCAGAUUGGUGGUCGGGGCAUCCACCAUCCGGUACCGGCGCUCCCUGGCCUUCCGCGAGGCUUUUGAGAUUCGGACCAAAUUAGUGGGAUGGGAUGAGAAGGCGUUUUACGUGGAGCAGCGCUUUGUGUCCAAGAAAGAUGGUUUUGUCUCUGCGGUCAUGCUCUGCAGGCAGAAUGUGGUGCACUGCAGCCCGGAGAGCAUUCUGGAGUUUAUCUGCAAAAGGAAGAUCGACUGCCCGGAAUUUCCUGAAGACCUCAAACACUGGAUCAGCUUCAUCUCAGCCAGCAGCCUGGCUCUGAGAGCAGAGAGUGGACUGGAAGAGAAGAACAAGUGAAGCCCCACACCAUGACACCCUGACACCCUGCAUCACCAGUGUAGGUCCACAUAUCACUUACAUUGCACACACAUAACGGUCUAUAUAUAUAUAUAUAUAUAUAUACAUGCACACAAACAGUUAACAUCGUAGAGAGUUUUUAGUUUAUUUAAAAUAUUCCAUUUAUCUCUGUUUUUGAGUUGAUCCUUCCUUCUGUGUAUUUUUGUUUGAUGUGAACAGAAAUACUGAACUUACAUGUAUGAAAACUUGAACUAUAACGGUAUUCCAUGUUUUAAAAUGUAUAUGCAUUGGGAUCAUAUUUCUCUCAGAAUAAAGUGACACAAGAAAGUAACUUUAUCCGUGCAGCUUAUCGACUGGCUUUAGACAUCUUUAUUUUCAUUUUUGCGAAAUCCUCUAAAUCAGAUAAGCAUGUAGAGCAAAAGUUAAUCUUCCACUGACAUCAAUGCAUGUUUUAAAUCAAACAGAAGAUGUCGUUGUGCCUGUUUCUCUUGAUUAGCCGUAGUUUACAGCUACAUUUGCAGAGAAUUAUAACUUUUUACAAAAAGCGUAGGUGUGAUGAAAUACUUGAAUGGACACCAUGUACUGUCAAUAGUUUUAAACUUUCCAUCAGCAUUUUGCACAAAGUAACCCAGGUGAAUAGACAACCAGACUUCCUGUUAACAAUCUGAAAGGGAAUAUUCGACUUUCUUUUACAGACUGCGUAAUACAUGCAUUUAAAGUGUGGGCUUAGUGAUUGGAAUUGUGUGUAAUUUUAAGAGAAAGUGCUCGUAUAUUUAAAUGAACGGGCAUAAUAAGCAAAUGCUAAUGUGAGGUUGCUGGCAACCUUUCAAAACCUGCAACGCAUGGUAAACACUGGUGUGGGAUGAUACUUGGCCUUUUGAAAUCUGAAACCUUCCCCUUUAAUGCAUCAAAGCUUUAUUUUGUGACUAAAGUAAUGUAUUGUUCUGUAUGAAGAGGAAACAAAAUCAAUUGUUAAAGAUAUGUCUAACCUGUUAUGUAUGUUGUUGACACACUGAAAAUCUUGCUUGAUUUAUUUAAGUCUGAAAAUAUUCCCUGUCUUUUUUUUUUCUCCAUGUAUAUUAUUUAUGAUAUAUUGAAAUGAGUUAAUGUACCAAACUUUAUUUAUUGUGUUAAUUAUUUAAAGGCAUUUUGAAUUAAAAAUGCAUUAGAACCUAUGUUUCUGUGACUGCUUUUUGAGUGCUUGUUAUUCAGCAAUUUCCUGUGAUUUUGUGGUAUAAACACCAGUAUUUGUACCUCACUUUAAUAUUGCAGCUGGUAAAAGUAUAGCUGAUAAUACAUCAUUAUGUAUUUUCUUUUUGUAUUAUGAAUCUGAAUCAAAUUGAACAGUACAACAUAUACCACUCGAGUGUCUAAUUUACUCAACUAAAGUACAAGUACCUCCUUGGAUAGGGGGAAACAUUUUAUUAAACCUCUUAAACGCUCAAGAGCAACUGAAGAGAGAAUCCUCUCCCAGGAUGGGCAGAAUUGCAAAAGAUGUGUGUACAGAAUGAACAACAUACUACAUUUACAACAUAUUCAUUCCAUGUGACAGAAAUUAUAUAUAUAUUAUGAGAGAAUUAUUAGCACUAAUAAUAGCAGAAAUGAUAAUGUAAACAAUACUACACAUAAUAGCAUCAGUGGACAUACUAGAUUGAUAAUGAAAGCUGUAAUAAAAACUAAUAG